UGACACCAGUGAUGCAAUUCAGAACACAGAGCGUGAUCACCAAAGACAGGCUGCAUUUGGCAAACACAAACGCGUUUAUUUUCCAUCUGUUGAUACCAGAGGUGACUUCAUUGUCAAGUCCAUUUAAAUACAAUGAGGCUCUUUGUCUGCCUCCACUAUAACGAGUACUGUUGUAGUAUCGGACAGCUUCUUACAUCAGUGUGUACAAUAGAAGUAUCUCGACGUUGUAGCGUCAUUUCCGGUGGAAAUUUCCAACGAAGAUCAAUCCGUGCCCUUUAAAAGAGAAGCGCUGAAGCGCUUGCACCUCAGAGUAUUAUACAGGCAGCGACUAACGUAGAGCUGUGCUAGCAUAGAGGACAACAGAUUUAAACUGUAUACCGUUACCAGUGCUUAAAAAAAAAAAAAAUACAAAUAAAAAUAACAUAUAAAUAUUUGCAGUUUAAAGCGUACAACGAGAGUGGAAGAACACUUAUAUUUCUAAAGAGACAAUAAUUUCGUUUGUGCAGUGUUGAGCUUCUACAAACUCCAGCCACGAUGUUCAUGCUGACGCCCCCUACUGGUGUCUUCCAGCAUGCCAAAAAAUUGUUUCUGAGUGAGCAAGCAGGCCAGCUCCAGGAGUUUGCGCGAAAAAAUGUGGCCAAUGCACUUUCAAUGGCAAACAUGGUGAUGGGACUGUGCUCUAUCCUCUGCAGCCUCAAUGGGCAUCAUUACGCUGCAUGCUGGCUACUUCUGGUGGGAUACCUCCUGGACUUGGCUGAUGGAGCCGUUGCUAGGCAACUCAAUGCCUGUUCAGCUCUUGGAGCUCAACUGGAUGAUUUUGCAGAUUUCACCACGUUUGGCAUCGCCACGGCGCUGCUGCUGCAGGCACAUGGUUUACUGGAUGGGGUUCUGGUGAUCUUCUACGUUCUGGCUGUUUUCACUCGUCUCUGCUUUUACUCUAGUGGCAUCCCCUUCAUGUACCGAGGGCUGCCCUGCCCCUAUGCCUCCGCUAUCCUGGCCUGCACCAGCCUGCUGACAGGAGCCAAUGUGCUGGUGCUGCGCAUCACUGCGGUGCUGAUGAUCCUCUUCAUGGUGGACCAUGGAUUCUACCCCCACGACAAGGUGCUGGAGUCCCAGGCCUGGAAGAAGAUUGUCUAUGCAGGUGGCGUUGUCAUGGUGCUGUGUUCUUCAUUUCCCUCUGCUUGUGUUUACUACCUAAUAUGGUCAGUCUCCUACAUUCUCUUCCCAGCAGCUCUCUGGAGUUGUAAAGUGUAACACAAACCCCAGCUAGGCUCCUCCUCAUUCUAACCUUUCCAGCAAAAGCUUUGGCUAAGGAAGCUGAACCAGUGUUGGAUAGACUGCAUCAUGAGGCAGCAUGUCACCAUGACAACUAAAGACACAUUAACCUUCGACCUGAAUAGGCUGCAUCCUCAGUCUCUUUUUAUUGAAGUGCUGAUUUUAGAAUUUUGGUGUUUUAAAAACUCUUCUGUAUAAACGAUUGUAUAUGUAUGUUAAUUUGGUGGUCUAAUGGAAUAUGUAUCCAUACAAAACUGCAUUUUUAAAAGUCUUCUUUGUGUUAAACGGAUUGUAUAUUGCUUGUGGAUUCUUGAAGGAGGUAUAAUUGAUAUAAUUGGUUGGAUAUUUAAGGCAGUUGGUGAUUUGCUGAGCUACAGCUGAGAAGUUGGAGAGAUGGUCACAGUUUACUAAUCUGACACCCCUCACACCGGCCUUAGUGGCAGAGGCCUUUUAAUAGUAUGUAACAAUGGGAUGCAGCCUUCAUACUUGGACUUUUUCAUUAUUUUGUAAUAAACUGAACAUACAAAUGUAUAGCAGCUGCUUAAAUACCUAUGGUGACCCUUGUACAACUUUACCAUAAAAGCAUAAUCACAAAUAGCAAAAAAACAUGGGAAAGGAUUAAAAAACAAAACAUGUGAAAAGCAUGGGAAAACUGGAACCUUUUUUACAUUGUAUUGACAACGUGUGUCCUUGUGUAUCAGCAGAGCCCUGAAUAUGUCAUUAUCAGGCAUGUCCACAGCAUGCAAACUUUCCAAAGCCAGUCACUGCCCCCCGGUAUGAGGAGGCACAUUCAGGUGUCUGUCCAGAAAGUGCUGCUUCUCAUCUGUGUAUCUCUGUGCAUUUGUUCUUGAUAAGGGGCUGUGCUGUUUUUCACUGUCGUUGCAGAAGCAGGACAGAAGAUAAUUUUUCCCCGAUAUGUAAGAUAUGUAUAUUUUUUUUAAACAGUUGAAGGCUUUGUUAAAAUGUAUAAUUAUGUGAUAUAAUGUAUAGGCUGUGCCCACUGUGAAUGAGAUUUAGGAAGGUGUACCUGUAUUGGGACUACUGGGAGACGUAACAUGAUCGGCUAAAGUUCAACUCCACUAUAGAGACUAGAAAUCGUCUCGGUAGCUAUGUUUUCAUCAACAAGACAAACACAUUUCUAGCAAACUUGCACAAUUUCACACAAUAUAUGCAAAUCUUAUCGUACAAAAACUGGAUUCUAGCGAACAGACAGCUGUACGUAAUGACAUCACAAGUUGGUUACUCCAUAAAUGUUUUUGAUCUGAACAAAAAAAAAAGUUUGCAUUGCCAUCCAUUUUUUUCCUAUUCACUUGCUAGACUAGUGUGUAAACUCAAGUGAAUAACCAGCCUUGCUGAGCAUUCUGGUUAUAUAACGUGUUGCUGAAAAUGGACCAAGAAGGAACAAUGUAUUUUCAAGAAUUGACUGAAAUUGGACAAACGUUGAUUUUAUAUAUACACACAGAUAGACGCUAAUAUAGCCUCUAAAUUUAAAAGUAGUUUUGAAGCUGUACUGUUUCCCUCAUAUGUAAUUUUAAGUAAUCGUUGUUGUAAUAAUAAUAAUAAUAAUAAUAAUAAUAAUAAUAAUAAUAAUAAUAAUAAUAAUAAUAAAGCAGACAUAUGGCAGCCCCGUAUGAGAUACCCUCCGGAGAUAGCUGUACCAAAACUUAAAAGAUGACAGUAUAAUCCUGCUUGGGAAAGUGAGUAUUUUAUUUUUAAACGGUGCAAUGUAAUGAAGGAAUUAAAAUCUACAGUGGCCAGAGGUCAGCAGAGAAAUGGUGUAAAUGUUGAAAUGUUGCAUCGUUUUGUAAAUGUUGAAGCAGGUUCGCUCUGAGUUUUUGAACUGAAAUACCUGGAUGCUGUAAUGCAGAAAAUCGUAAGUGCAGCCAUAUUCAGUUGUUUGGAAAAUUAACAAAAUAAUUAUCCAGUCAAGAAAGUGGUGGGGUUUAAAUUGGACAGUGUUUAGGUAAUGCUAGCCCAGCAUCAUGAAGCUGGUACAUUUUAUAUGAUCAUGUCCGUUAGUGAGGUUAGUAUUUUGUAAGGUGUCUGUCUUGUGUCAUGAUCCCUGCAAUGAUGUGUUAUUUAAGUUGAAUUACUGUAACUGCUUUGUCCGGUGCUCCCCAAGCAAGUUUUUUUGAUGUUACAAAAAAACACAGAUUAAAGAAUCUUUUUGAUAAUCAUGGGGGUCAAUUACAGCUGUGGAAAAAAUUUUGCAGCACCCUUCAGAAUUAACCAGUUUUGCUUGACAAUGUCGAAUGAAACCUGCUGAAUAGUGUUACGUUAACAUAUUGAAUUACAUACCGCUUUGUAGUUUUCCAUAUA